CUGCACCGUGAAGGCUCUCGGCGUUGUUUAAAUUCGCCGCGGUCCCUGACCCCGCAGCUGAGAGACGACAGGAAGCGGCGACUCGGAGAGGAAGCAAGCGGGGAGAGAGGGAGAGAGGGGAGGUAUCGGUGAGCAAACCAUGGCGGGCGCGGAGGGGACGCUGUCGAAGAUGUCUCCCGCAGUUCGCCACUUCGUCGAGGAAAUGCUGAGGCACGGCCGCGUGGGCCUGGGGGCCCCAACAACACUGCGCGUCACCGACCUCAAAUCCGGGUGUCCCUCACUGACCCCAUCCCCGUGCUGUGAUCGAUUCAAGCUGCACAUUCCCUACGCCGGAGACACCAUCAAGUGGGACGUCAUAUUCAACCACGAGUAUCCGGACAUUCCACCCGACUUCAUGUUCGGAGAGGAUACCGACUUCUUCCCGGACCCGGACGAGCUUCCCCACCUGCAGGAGUGGCGGUCCCAGGACCCCGAGGCCCUUCUGCUGGUGCUACAGGAGCUUCUCGCGCAGUUCCAGGUUCACCAGCGCGAGCGCUUGCGCGAUAACUCGCGCCUCAUGUUCGAGUACAACUCGCUGUCCGAGCAGACGGACUACACGGUGCACAUGGAGGUGCACGUGGGAAGGCGCACCGCUUGGGAUGGCGAAUGCUGCGUAAGAUUCCUACUGCGGCUUCCAGUCGACUUCAGCCUCAUCCCGCCAUACCUGCUCAAGGAUCCCUUGGUGGACCCGGGGGAGGAUGUGGCGCUGCUGCUGGUGACGUUUGAAAACACAGAGGCCACCAAGGUGCUCCCCAAGCUCUACCUGUCGCCUCGCAUCGAGCAUGCCCUGGGAGGUUCCUCCGCCUUCCAUAUCCCCAACUUCCCCAGCGGAGGAUGCCUCCUGGACUAUGUUCCGCAGGUGUGCCAGCUCCUCACCAGCAAGGUGCAGUACAUCACACAGGGCUACCAGAAGCGCAGAGAAUACAUCGCGGCGUUCCUCAGCCACUUCGGAGAGUCCAUUGCAGAGUAUGACGCCGAGGGCUUCACCAAGAUCAGCCUCCUCCUGGAGGGCCUGGAGUUCUUCUUCAUGGUUCACAUCGAGCUGCCAUUGUACUUCCCACGCGACCAGCCGACUUUCACCUUCCAGUCCGUGUACCAGUAUGGCAGCACAGGACAGCCCUUUGUGCAGGUGCAGAAGUCUUACCCGUACAGCCCGCGCUGGGAUGGCAACGAGAUGGCCAAGCGAGCCAGGGUCUACUUUGAAGAAUUUUCGCCUCAAUUCCGGGAAGCGGCCGUGGCGAACGGAAAACCUUGAGAAGAGGCAGUGGAGGACUCCUUCUUCGUCGAAACCCGGCCGCUCGCCCCGACGGGUUCUACCCUCCGCACUCCGAGCCCUCUCUAGCGACAACUCGUUAACGAAGGCUCAUUAGUGAGCGGCUCGUUAGUGGUGCUUAAAAAGUUAUGGGUUGGGUUUGAAAGCCUUGGCUGUAUACAGUUUUUUUUACUUGUGACCGCCCUUCUUGGGGCUGGUUUUCACUGGAUCCGUAGACAAGUUUUCACGGCUUACUUUCAGCCGGGUCUGUUAGGGUCAGCACCCCGCAAAAUAUUUCCGCACCUGGCAAAUAACAUCAAAUAUAACUCUCGCGAUGUGUUGCUCUGGCGAAUACACGGUGCCCUACUCCCAGUCUACCAGUGACCGGGAAAAUAUUUUAGUGAGGAAUGAAGUCCCUGGGCACAAUUAAAUGUAGGGUCUGAUGAUACUUGUGCAAUGUGAUUUAAGGUGUCUGCUCUUGCACUCCAGGCACCUUUGCCAUAUGUGACGGUCUCAGACGACGCUUACAAUGGGUCUCUUAGUCUUGCUUGGGUAAACAACUGGAUGAACGCUAGAGUAGUAUGUUAUAGAUAUAUUGUUUAGUAUUCUUUCAGUCAAUUUUAUUCCGAUUUUGCUAUCUUCGCAAUGUCAUGGGGCGAAGAUUUAUCAAAUUUUGGAAGUUUCGUGGAGGAGUGCUUCACCCCACGUUGCAUAAUUUACAGAAUAUGAUCUCGCAGAGUCGCUUCUGAUAAGACAUUAAAAUGCCUAUUGUCCCACACUUCUCCACACUGUGUUUCUGUCAUCCACUAUGUUCCUACAUGUACUGUGGCAACGAUGUUCAUUGCAUGUCAGCCAACCCUAUAUUUCUAUUUCUCAGACCUGGAUUGUUGCCAAACUAAGUGAAAACCAGAUUAGAUUUUUGUGCUGUCAUUGGUGAACGAGUUGAUUUACCAUCAACUCGCUACGCUUGAAAACCCCAGUUUCUUCAUGGACGGUAGAAAUCUGGAUCCGAAAUGAGGGCCCUUGCAUCAACUGGAGCAUUGUAAACAAACCCUAGGUUAUCCCUUAUGUUCUAAGAAUGGCUGGCACUUUGUUGACGGUUUUUUUUACUUAAAUGAAGGUACUAUCAAAGUAUGUGGUGAGAGGAAACAACCUGUUUAAAGCCCUUUUGUGAUGGUUAGUCCUAACGCUGUGCGAAGUUUCUAUAUUGUACUGUAUUGUAUGGACCACUUUUGUGAUGCUUACUGAAAUCUGACUAAAUUGUACACGAGGCGCGUAAUAUCAAUAAAUAACUUGCCUAUAGUAUUA